UCUGAAUCAGGUUUAUUAUCACUGACUUAAAUGGUGUGAAAUUUGUCGUUUUGCAGCAGCAGUUCAGUGCAAAGACAUAACAUUACCGUAAAUUAUAAAUUCAAUAAAUAAUACAAGAAAGGAAUAACAAAGUAGUUACACAAAAUUCUGGAGCAAAUCAGUAGGUCAGGCAGCAUCUGUGAAGGGGAAUUAAAGACAGUAUUUUAGGCCAAUACCCUUCAUCAGGAACUGAAACGUCUCGGGCAGCAGUGUUGACUGUUUAUUCCCUUCCAAAGGUGCUGCCUGAUGUGUGAGUUUCUCGAGAAUUCUAUGUGUGCAUUGCUCAAGACUUCCAGCAUCUGCAGAACAUGUGUCUACAAUAGUGAAGUAGUGUUCUGUUGGCAGAUGGGAAGAAGUUGUUCCUGAAUUGUUGAGUAUGGGUCUUUAGGCCCCUGUACCUCGUCUUUGAUAGUGGUAACAAAAAAAGGGCAUAGCCUACAUGAUGAAAGUCUUUAGUGAUGGAUGCUGCCUUCACUAGUUCAUUCACCAGUUCAGGCCCCUUAUUCAUCCCUGAUUCUUAAUUGCUUUAUUGCCAGCAUCCUUCAGCCACCUGGGACCAAACAUCUGGAAUCUACAAACCCCAUUUCCAGAAAAGUUGGGAUAUUUUCCAAAAUGCAAUAAAAACAAAAAUCUGUGAUAUGUUAAUUCACGUGAAUCCUUAUUUAACUGACAAAAGUACAAAGAAAAGAUUUUCAAUAGUUUUACUGACCAACUUAAUUGUAUUUUGUAAAUAUACACAAAUUUAGAAUUUGAUGGCUGCAACACACUCAACAAAAGUUGGGACAGAGUUAAAAUAAGAUUGAAAAGUGCGCAGAAUAUUCAAGUAACACCAGUUUGGAAGACUCCACAUUAAGCAGGCUAAUUGGUAGCAGGUAAGGUAGCAUGACUGGGUAUAACGUUCUCCUUCGCGUGUAACGAAACGCCGAAUUAAACGUCGAGAUAAACCACAGUCAAUAAGAACCAGAUCGCAGUAAGAUUAACCAUUUACUGUUCACUCUUCACAUUAACAUAUGGUGAAAAAGCGUUGCUCUCACUGUGAUUUCUCAUGCCUGCAAAACAACUUCUGCUCAGGUCUGCCUCGUGGUGAGCCCCCACCCUCGCGCUAAUUUCAAACGGGUACUUUCCCACAAGACGCGACGAAACCAGAUGUGACGUCAUCGCAUGCCAAUAUAUUUUACAUGCAAUGAAUAUACUUUAAACACUUCUAAUUCUAACUAGAAAAUACUAUCGAAUGAAUUACUAAGCAAAAAUAUUAUAAACUAAAUAACUGUCGUAAAGACAGCACACUGGGUAUAAAAGUAGUGUCCCUCAAAGGCUCAGUCUUUGCAAGCAAGGAUGGGUCAUGGCUCACCCCUUUGUGCCAGAAUUCAUGAGAGAGCUGUUAGUCAGUUCAAAAGGAACAUUUCCCAACGCAAGACUGCAGAGAAUUUAGGUCUUUCAACAUCUACAGUGCAUAAUAUUGUGAAAAGAUUCAGAGAAUUCAGAGACAUCUCAGUGCGUAAAGGGCAAGGUCAGAAACCACUGUUGAAUGCGCGUGAUCUUCCGAGCCCUCAGGUGGCACUGUGGAACCGUGUGCUGUGCUCAGAUGAGUCCACAUUUCAGCUAGUUUUCGGAAAAAACGGGUGUCGAGUUCUCCGUGCCAAAGAUGAAAAUGACCAUCCUGAUUAUUAUCAGCGAAAGGUGCAAAAGUCAGCAUCUGUGAUGGUAUGGGGGUGCAUCAGUGCCCACGGCAUGGGUGAGUUGCAUGUAUAUGAAGGUACUGUGGCGACCCAUUUCCUGGCACAUCCGAACCGGCUCACAAUUAGAUAGCCUACGGGGGUUUGCGAGCACAGAGCUUUGGAGCCUCUGCGCCACGGGGGGCAGGUUGAGGGAGGCUUAAAAGUGAGGCUGAGGAUUUCGAAUAAAGUUUUUCCUUCGACUGCAGUUACCGACUCAGUGUCGUAAUUUUAGCGCUGCGUGUAGCACACCGCUACAAUUGGUGACCCCGACGGUCCAAACGAUUUUUGGACCAGAAAUGACCGACGCCGCCUCUGUUCAUGCGGUUUCGUUGAAACUGCCGGGUUUCUGGACACAGCGACCGAACCUAUGGUUCCAGCAAGCCGAAGCCCAAUUCCACGUUUGCCAGAUCACCUCAGAAGACACCCGCUACUACUACAUGGUGAGCUCCCUCGACCGUCCCGACAGCCUGGCGGCACCGUGUUUUCGACUCCAUUCAUAACUUGGCUCAUCCCUCCAUCCGGAUGGUUUCUAGCAGGUUCGUUUGGCACGGACUCCGCAAACAGGUCAGUGAAUGGGCCAAAACGUGCAUGCACUGCCAGACGGCCAAGGUGCCGCCCCACCGCAGCAGUUCCAUCCCGCCCACCGGCGUUUCGACCACAUUCAUGUGGAUAUCGUGGGCCCCCUGCCAGUGUUGCGUGGAGCAUGGCACCUCCUGACUAUCGUGGACUAGUUCACUAGAUGGCCAGAGGCGGUCCCGCUCACCGACACCACCUCCGAAUCUUGCGCCCGAGCCCUGAUCACCACCUGGAUAUCUCGCUUUGGUGUACCGGCCCACAUUACCUCCGACAGAGGCGCCCAGUUCACCUCCAGCCUGUGGUCAGCUAUGGCCAGCCUUUUGGGGACUCAGCUGCACCACACCACUGCCUACCACCCACAGUCGAACGGGCUAGUGGAGCGUUUCCACCGUCACCUGAAGUCGGCCCUCAUAUCCCGCCUGCGAGGAGCCAACUGGGCGGACGAGCUUCCCUGGGUCCUACUCGGCAUCCGCACAGCGCCCAAGGACGACCUGCACGCCUCGUCGGCCGAGUUGGUAUACGGCGCGCCCCUGGUCGUCCCCGGGGAGUUCCUACCAGCCCCACGGGGGCAAGAGGAAGAUCCCGCAGCAAUCCUGGGCAGGCUACGCGAGAAGCUCGGUAACCUGGCCCCCAUACCCACUUCACAGCAUGGGCGCAACCUGACCUGCGUACCCAAAGACCUGCAGAACUGUUAUACAGAGGUACCUGGCAGGGUUGUCCUCUUAGUCCGCUGUUACUCAACCUGGCUUUACGACCUCUUGCUAUUGCUCUUCGGGACUCCAACAAUGUUCAAGCAUGCGAUGACGUCACACCCGGUUUCGCCGCGUCUUGGAGGAAAAUACCGGUUUGGAGAAACGGGAAGGAGGGGGCUCGCAUGUGCAGGAUCAGCGCGAGAAAAGUUUUCUUUCUAGAAGCAUCAGUGAAGCAACACCAUAAGUUCAUGAGAUAAUCGAUAUGUUGAAAUAAAAAUGUUAACGCUGAUUCUGUUAAAAGUAAUGACGGUGAUAAGGUUUAUGUUUUUGUUAUUUAAAGAGUUGCGGAUAGUUUGUGUUGAAGUGUAUUUAAUGCAGUUGAUGGCGUAGGUAGAUUCUGACUGUAUGUUGUACUUUAAUGUAAUAUAGUUGUUGUAGUUUUACUUUUGCAAGUAUUUAUGAUGUCAAUGUGAUAUCAAGAAGGAAACAAAUACUGUAUAUAUUUUGUAUUGUUUUAUCAACAGUUUUCAUCAUAUGUUAAUGUGGAAGAGUGAACAGUAAACGGUUAAUCUUACUGGGACCACCUCAUUGAUUGGUUUAAACUUGGUGUUUAGUUCAGAGUUCUUUUACACCUGUGCGAGAACACUACACCUUUAUUGCAGAAAUUUAAAAAGUACAGUGGUAUGGCUUUGCCAAACUUUAGCAUGUAUUACUGGGCAAUUAAUAUUUGAUAUAUUUCUUUUUGGAUUCAUUUCUCAGACAUACAUGACUGUCCUUUAUGGGUGGAUUUGGAGAAAAACUCAGUGAAGGGGUAUUCUUAAGCCUCUUUACUGGGAGCUCCUCUUCCUUUUUUGCUUUCUAAGAUUGGCAGUCGAGACCUUAAUCACAAUAUUAAACAGACAUUAAGAAUUGUUUCAGUUUCAGUUUAAUAAUUUUGUUCUUUCUAGUAAAAUCCAUUUCAGUUAUUUUUUUAAACCAUCAAUUUCUGAUCAGACCUUUUUAAUCUGGAAAACCAAAGGAAUAGUAACUUUUUUAGACUUGUUUAUAGGGGAUUGUUUAAGGUCUUCCACUCAGUUAGUGGACAAAUAUGACCUAUCUAAUGCACACUUUUUUAGAUAUUUACAAAGUAGGAAUUUUUUUUUUUACAUAGCUUACUUACAAAUUUUCACUCUACUUAUUUACCCAAUAUAAUAGAUACUCUUUAUCAGGUUAAACCAUUUCAAAAAGGACUGAUAGCUAUAAUUUAUAAAUGAUUAUUGAAUUUGCGUAUGUUUUCUAAUGACAAAAUUAAAGCUGCGUGGCAAUUGUAAUUUCGAGAGUCACUCUCAGAUAAUCAAUAGGAUAACAUUUUUCAUUUGGUAAAUACUUCAUCUAUUUGUGCCCGUCAUUCCUUGAUACAGUUCAAGGUAGUACAUCGGGCACAUAUGUCAAAGGAUAAAUUAGCCUGUAUCUUUUCUAAUAUUAAUCCUAUUUGUGACAGAUGUAAUAUUGAGGUGGCUACUUUAACACAUAUGUUUUGGUCUUGUAUCAAGAUAGAUAACUUUUGGAAAGAAGUUUUUAAAACUUUAUCAAAAGUCUUGAAUUUGGAUCUACAACCAAAUUUACUUACAGCAAUUUUUGGGAUCAUUCCAUCGGAAGCAGGAUAUAUUCCUGUUUCUGCUCAACGGAUGACAGCUUUUACAACUUUACUGGCUAGGAGAGCCACUUUGCUUAAAUGGAAGGACUCUAAUCCACCUACUGCUCUUUAUUGGCUUACUUCCAUUAUGUCAUGUUUAGAGAAAAUAAGAAGUUGGACAUUUGAUACAUCCUUUUAAUUUGAAGAAACUUGGUGACCUUUUAUUCAAUAUUUUCAUAUGGUUUGAUUUAUGGGUCUUCCAGUUACCUUCUCGAAACGUUGGAUUUGAUCAGAAACUUUCUUUUUUUUCUUGCUUUCACUCUCAGUAUGUGCUGACCAGUUCCUUUUAUUCCUUCUCUUUUUUUUUUGUUUAGUGGGGUUUUUAUGUAUAUAAAAAUUAUAAAAGUUU